UUAUGAUUACUUACGGACAAGUUCAAUUUAAAAUGCAUGUUAUUAUAUUUCAAGGUUGUAUUCAGUUGAUAUUUAUCUGUUUUGCUUUAGUUGGAAUUAUAAGAUAUGUUACCUGUUCAGACUUUUUGAUAGUUUCCUCAGAACGUGGUCUACAAGAAUUCAGUCUGCCAAAUUUCAUUUCGAGACGUGAUUUGUACUCAAAUACUCAAACAUUUGCUGUUUCUUCGCUGUUUUCCAAAGGUUUCAUUUUCUGGGUAGAAGAAAGUGUGAAAGAUUACAAAAUCAAAAGGGCGAGUUAUCUGCCGGGGACUCUUGUUAAUCAAACUGUUAUUGUUGACCAUAUUUCGUCCAUCGGUGAUAUAGAAGUUGACUGGAUUCACGAGAAUCUUUACUGGCUUGAUCCAGGGAGAUCUAAAAUCCAGGUCUGUAGGCUUAAUGGGUCUCAUAUCAAGACGGUGUAUAAAGAUAAAGCUCUGCACAUGAGUGACUUAGCUUUAGAUCCUUAUGAAAGAUGGAUGUAUUUGGCCGAUUCCAGUGAAGUUCCGAAGAUCAUCCGUAUUGGCAUGGAUGGAAGUAAACAACAGGUUCUUGUAAAGACUGGUAUAAGUGCACCAAGUGCUAUUACAAUAGAUAAAAAGCAACACAGGAUUUAUUGGGUAGAUGACAAGCUUCAUGACAUCAAAUCGUCGAAGUUUGAUGGAAGUGACGUCACAGUUGUUAUAACUUUAAAAACAGACAGGAACAGUUCCUUUGAGCUUGCUAUAUUUGGUUCUCAUGUUAUAUGGGCGAAUUACAAAUCGGGCUCUCUCAAGAUGAUCAACAAAACAGAAAAUAAACAUCAGUCUAAUCCUUAUCAACUAGGAACAACAAAUAAGCCAUAUGGACUGGAAGUAUUUGGUCCAACUGGGAGAGGAUGUAAUUAUUGUGGUAUCAAUAAUGGAGGGUGUCGUUAUUUAUGCUUGCCGUCCCCGAGACUGACAUUACAUAGCCGUUCGAAUAAAUGUGUAUGUCCGGAUUUGAAUGGCCAACAAUGCAUUGCAAGAGAGGUACAGGGAAGAACUGAAGACAUGACAAAUUGUCAACAGAUCCGCAAUAGCGCAACAGGAAAUUGUCAGUAUCCUAAAUGUACUCUCAAUGGUGCCUUCGAAGCCUUACAGUGUGACACUAUCGAUGGCGUAAAGACAUGCUGGUGUUCCGAUUUAUUGGGAAACAUAAUUCCCGGAACCAAAAUGGUUGAUUUAAAUAUACCAGAUUGUUAUAAAGGGAAAAAAUUGAAGAAUUGUUUAUUCAGUUCAGUUCUGUUAAAAAGAGAGUUUAGAACACAACACGAACCAAUGUGCACAGCCACUGGAGAUUUUGAGGAAAUGCAAUGCAAUCAGCAGGAUUGUUGGUGUGUGGAUACAAAUGGCAAAGAACAUAAAGGUUUUCGUGUGGCACGUCCAGAAACACCAUCAUGUAAAGAAAACUACAAAGUACAUUUAACGGCAGUAUCCAUUACUCUCUUUUUGUGUGUUUUAUUUGCGAUCUUGGCGUUUUGCAUCCAGCGAAGGCAACGAAAAAACCCUAACACUUCUUCCAUACGUGACCAAGCACAGAUUUACCCUGAAAUUCAGACACAUCACUAUGAUGAAAUUACAGACUUGGAUGAUUCUCAAAGUCUUGCUGACGUUUCUCACAGUCUUGAUGACGUUGCAUACGAAACUCCACGGUUUGCCAAUAAAAAGGCACUCAGACGAACGAACUCCGAUGAAGACGAUUUUGGAUAUCUAAAGCCACAUACUUAUUGCAAUAGCAUUGUCACUGUCGUUAAAAAGUUUAAUCAAAACAAAGAUACUUCAGAACUUAAACGAAACAAAUAUGGAUAUACAGCUCCCGUGAAAAUUCAUUAAAAAGGAGACGAUACAAAAAAAAAUAGAUCUCAGAAAAUAAACACAGCUGGAUGUGCAAUUCCGAUGAAAGGAGAACAAACAUAUCAGACAACUUCAGAAAAAUCUUCUCCAUUUGUUGAAAAUUUCUUGUGACACUGUCGACGGUAUAAAAAUUGACUUCUUGUUUUUUACAUUUUUAACCUACCAUUGAUGAACAAAUAAUAGAAACUUACAAAUAAGAUGAACUGCAUGAUUGCAAAAAGCUAUGUUAGACCAAAUCAAACUGUUCACUUAAAUUUGGGAUAUUUUGGCGUAUCACUUUUUUAAAUGUGUGUCCAAAAAGAAUAGAUUUUAAAUAAGGUGUGCUAUAAUUAGUUUGACAGAUUCAAUCAUCUUUUUUUAAAGAGAAUGUAUUGACAAGUGUUCAAUCAAUAAACAUACUUUUUUUAAA